AUGGAACUCAACGCCUUUACGAUUCUACAAAUUGCCGUAUUCAUUGCCGUUGGGUAUCAUGCCAAUACCCAUACAGCUGCUGCCGGAUCUGAGGAAAAGAAACCUAGUAACCAUAAGGAAGACAUUUAUGUCGCGUAUUGCGGCAUGAACUGUACGGUUAAAAAUGGAGUCUCGAGCGCUUGCAGCACAGAUUGUAUAUGUGUACAUCGAGACGAUGAACCCAAUGGCAUCUGCAUAACGAUCACAUAUUUCGGACAUUUAGGAGAUCCUAACGAAGAUCCGAACAUCGAUGAUGCAACUCCUCUGGCACCAGUUUUCCAAACGGAGGAAUGA